AUGGCGACUUCGCAAUGGAGCGACAAUGAUGAAAGUAACGAAAAUGUGAUGAGUGGACGUAAUGUAAGUUCCGAAAACUCAGAAACAAACCUGGAAGGAUCAUCUCUUCAAAAUAAAGGUAUGUUUUGUCCACUAGUGUCAACAAGGAAAAAGCCGUAAAAGAUUAUAGAUAUAGAAAUAAAGUGAAAAUAUGUAUCCCUAUAGCGGGAAGUACAUACCUUUAAGAAUUUUUUGUAUGUUCUAUUUAGAUUCAAAUUAUACGGAUGUGCUAGAAGUGCUUGUAGCAGAAGUACGACAAGAAGCGUAUUGUUUGGAAAGCAAUUGCAGAGAAAGUAGGAUUGGAUGCUACGUUUAACUACACAGUGUAUAGGCUACCCUUGCAUUUUACCUUUUGAAGAUGGCUUAACAAAAAAUGGACCAAAUCCUUUUGCUUAGUGCAUUCCAGAAAUGCUGAUGCUUGUUUAAUUUAUUAGAGGAAAAGUAUUUCUUACAAAAUAAUUUUCUAACAUAAAUACUUAAUUAAUUUCUUGGGAGGGUACUUGAGUGUCAUAGUUGAUGAUCUUUAUCACAUUUCAAUUUUAGUUCAACAAAUGAAGCAGACGUGGAAAAAUCUAUCAGAUGGGUUUAAAAAGUGUCUAGACAGAAAGCCAGAUAUGGAGAAGUCUGCCAGUGGUUAUUAAAAACCACCAACUUGUCGCUUUUAUAAUCAGCUGCAAUUCCUACAAGAUUCUGUCAGCAACAGAACUACUCAUGGUAAUAUCCAAGUAAUAAGGUGUGAUUCACCUGAUUCCCCUUGUCCUAUAGAAACAACAUUGCCUGAUCAGUCAGUUGCACAUUCUGCUCUGCCAAGCCUUUCCCCAGCAAGUGACCAAAAGAGUGAUAAGCAGCAAGUUACUCCCAAUGCAGGCCAUCUUCCUGGGAAACAAAAAUCUGAGUUUCCCCAAGCUACAGUUGUCCCCAAAAGAAAAAAGAAAGUUCAACUUGAUCCAUUUGAGCAAAUCUUAAUUAAGUCAAUCGAUAAGAAAGAUCAAGAGAAUAAGUUACCAACAACUAAAUCAGAAGAUCCAGAUGAGCAGUUUUGUCGAAGUAUUGCCGACACAUUAAGAAGACUUAGACAGAACUCAAUGAAGAAGAAUCGAUUUGUUAAAAUAAAGAUACAACAUUUGCUUUUUGAUAUAGAGUUCUCAGACUCAGUCAAUUUCUGA